AUGACCGACCCCGCCCUCCAAAUCCCUGAAGUCAUCCAAACCGCCUCCAUCAACCCGGAGCCGUCCGCGGAACACGACGUCAACCCGCCCACCGCAGCCUCCGAGAAGCAGCCCGUCGUGGAAGACGAUGUCGCCUCCGAAGCAGGCAGUAUCCCCUCCGAUGUCGUCGCCCCCCAUCGCAUGAUCAAGCCCGUCUCGCGACGACACCAGCUGCCUCCAUUGCCCGAUCUGCGCUUCGAACAGAGCUAUCUCGCCAGCUUGCGGGGAGCUGAUACCUGGGGCCGAGUAGCUUGGAUUACCAUCAGAGACCAGGUCCUCCUCCCUCUUAUCCAGGGCACCGUCUGGACUCUCGCUCUCUCCGGCUGGCGAUUCUGGAACCGCAACGCGUCCCUCAGCGGUCAGACACUCGGUAGCAAGAUCCGGAGAUGGUGGUAUGAGGUGAACAACUGGAAGUUACCUCCCCUGCGGUCGGCUAAGGAUCCUCGCAUUGCGGCGAAGGUGGAAGACACACUGACAUUUGCGGAGUUCUUGCAGUUCUACACGGCCCAGUUCUCGAAUGCCGGUGCUGACUAG